GGCAUCAGACCCCUAUGUUUUUAGUGAACUCGACGGAGGACAACGUUUGAUAUUAUUGAAUAUAGCCUAUAGGCCAUUGGUAUAAAUAUGGUUUUGCUGUAGGCACAGUAGCCUACUACUUACACAUAUUCCAUUCCAAAGAGACUUGAGCCGGUGUUUGUGCUAGGAUGAAGGUCUGUUUGGUUGUGUUUGUGGUGUCCCUAGCUUUAGGCUAUGGGUUUCCGGACUUCCCCUUCUAUAACGUAUCUUUAACGUGGGAAGAAAGGGUUGAUGAUUUAGUUAGUAGAUUGACGAUACCUGAAAUGAUGGGCCAAAUGUCAAAGGGAACAGGCGGGACUGAUGCGAUCCCUAGACUUGGUAUUCAACCCUAUGAAUGGUGGACGGAAUGCCUGAGAGGAGAUGUACAAGGUGGCGGAACUGGUUAUGCUGAAGCGCUUGGUCUGGCUGCAGCCUUCAGUACCCAGUUAAUAUAUGAUGUAGCUAGAGCAACAGCUAUAGAGGUUAGAGCUCAGAAUACUAUCUUCAGUCAGGAAGGAAAAUAUGGUCUCGGUACCGGACUUAGCUGUUUCUCUCCUGUGAUCAACAUAAUGAGAGAUUCGCGAUGGGGUCGAAACGAAGAAACCUAUGGAGAAGAUCCUUAUUUUAGUGGUGAAUAUGCUGCAGCUUUUGUACAAGGUCUACAAGGUGACCACCCACGAUAUCUUUUAACCAGUGCUGGAUGUAAACAUUUUGAUGCGUAUGCUGGUCCAGAGUCCAUUCCUGUAUCUAGAUUCGGAUUUGAUGCCGAGGUUUCAAUAAGAGAUUGGAGAACAACGUUUUUACCAGCUUUUAGAUCCUGUGUUAAAGCAGGAACUUAUAAUAUUAUGUGUAGUUACAACAGAAUUAAUGGUAUACCAGCCUGUGCUAACAAGGAAUUGUUGAUUGAUAUAUUAAGAGAAGAAUGGGGAUUCAAGGGUUACGUUAUAAGUGACGACGGAGCCAUUGAAAACAUCAUAACCCAUCACCACUAUCUGAAUAAUAGUGUCGACACAGUAGCUGCCUGUAUCAAUGCUGGUUGUAAUAUUGAAUUAGGACCACACGGCAACAAUGUAUACGAUUCAAUGGGUGAUGCUAUAUCCCAAGGAAAGAUUCUGGAAUCAAGAGUACGAGAAUUAAUGAAACCUGUUUGGUAUACGAGAAUGAGAUUAGGUGAAUUUGAUCCACCAGAAAUGAAUCCUUACAAGCAGUUGAAUGCAUCAUCAGUUGUACAGAGUCCAGAACACAGACAACUCGCUAUACAAACAGCUAUGAAAACCUUAGUUCUUCUGAAGAACGACAAUAACUUUCUACCCGUAGGAACAGCAUUCACUGAUAAAUUGGCAAUUGUUGGUCCGGCAGCGAACAAUACAGCUGUUCAGACGGGUAAUUACUCCCCCAGAGUGGAUCCUCGUUAUACCACUACACCCUUGCAGAACCUCACUAGAUUAGGUAAAAAUGGCGAUGUGCGGUUUAGUGAUGGAUGUAAUGGUGAUACCAGUUGUACUAAUUAUGACCAAGCUGGUAUUAUUAAAGCUGUGACUGGUGCCGAUUUCGUCAUUGUCUGCUUAGGUUUAGGUAAUGCAAUAGAAAAAGAAGGUCAUGAUAGAGCUACAAUAGAUUUACCUGGAAAACAAUUACAACUUUUACAAGAUGCUGUUAAUAAUAGUCCAGCUAAUAGCCCUGUUCUUCUCAUCUUAUUUAAUGCUGGACCUGUUGAUAUAACAUGGGCUGAUAGUAAUCCUAGAGUUGUAGCUAUUGUAGAAGCUUUUUAUCCUUCACAAGCUACAGGAUCAGCUUUAUUCAAUCUUCUUACAAUGACUGGUCCCGAUUCUGUUCCUGCUGCUAGACUACCGUUUACAUGGCCCAUGCAUGAAAGUCAGUUGCCACCAAUGAUGAACUAUUCUAUGGAAGGCCGAACAUACCGCUACCUCAACUAUGAUCCACUUUAUCCCUAUGGUUACGGAUUAUCUUAUACAAACUUUACUUAUUCUAAUCUACAAUUUAGUCAGUCAGUGUUAGCAGGUAAUGAUGUAGAGGGAACAGUAGAUAUUUAUAAUAAUGGUAAAAUAUCAGCUGAUGAGGUUAUUCAAGUUUAUAUCAACUGGCAAAAUAGUCCAGAACCAACACCUAAACUACAAUUAGUGGAUUUUAAGAGACAACAUAUUAUAGCUCAGAAUAAAAUAAGAGUAACAUUUAGAGUUAAAGGUGAAAGUAUGGCUGUGUGGAUGGAAGAUAACAGUGGAUGGAUGGUUUAUCCAGGACAAUAUGGAUUAUUUGUUGGUGGUCAACAACCCAAUCAGAAGAAAUCUGUUGGUUCAAAUGUUUUAUCAGGAAACUUCAGUGUUACAGAAACUAAAUUUUUAGGAAAAUAUUAAAUAAUUUUAAAAUA